GACAUUUGAGCUGACAAGAUUUUAUUUAAAUGUUGAUACUAUAUUCAUAAAUCAGCAUCAGUUUUUACCAUAUAUACUACAAUAAAAAGGUUGUGAACACGAUCACACACACUGAGACAAAUUCUCUACAUAAUGUCAGGAUCCUCCACUUCCACUAAUCCAUCUGACGUCACGUGGACGUAAGCAUGUCUACGUCACCAGAUCUCUCAACAUGGCGCCUCUCCACCGCGAGUUCACCUGUCGCCGCUGAGGAUGAGAGACACCCGAGGAGCGGCCGGACCGACCGACGCUCUGCCGGCCUGAGGGCUCCCUGUCCAGGUAUGAGGCUGCGGGGCACCGCGCUGCCCGUCCACCGCGGAGGAGGAGCCGCAGCCGGGUCUGAUUGUUCCGAGCACCGCUGAGCGAAGCUCCGGAGAAAAGUCAACGACAGCCAGAGCGGAAACGUGCAGGAUCACCUUCAAAAUAGAAGCUGUCACUUAACAGGACAGCUCGAUGGCACAUUAAUAACGACCUUCAAAAUAAAAGUGGAGAGAUGUGUGUGUGAUGUCAUUCUGUGUAGCGUCACGCUGUCGAUGUGUGAGUGUAAUGGAAAGAAGUGAAGAAGAGUCCUCGCCAUGUUGUCAUCAUCACCCAGCCUCCUCCGAUGAUGUCAUCACCGGGGGUCCGUGGGUCACAUGUGUAGGUGGCAGCGACCUGGUGGAAUCCAGAUCAGAUGACAGUCUGCCUGGACCAAUCAGACACUGCUCUGGUGAUCAGGGGGCGGGGCUUAAUUCAAGAGAUGAUCUGAGUCCAAACAUGGAGCUGCACCCCUCAUUGCAGGAUGCCACUGAGGGGUCAAAGGUUAACCUCUGUGGCAGACUGGAGGGUGAUAGCCACGGUGGGGGCGGGGCUACAGGAGGGACCGCCCCCUGUCUGGCUGAGCCCUCCUCUCAGGUAGUGAGUCUGGCCCCGGACUCUGACUCAGACACACAGGAGGAGGUCAUCUCUGAUGAUGAUGCCUUCAUCACAGAGCCAGGCGAGCUGAGACUCCACGCCACCGCCGCCCUGUCCAGGAAUACGUUUGUGUGUGGUCGCAGGCAGAGCGCUCCAGGUCAGCUGGUGCAGGACGAUGGUGAGUCUGACCUGCAGUCCAGGAGGCCGGACAUCGUGGAGUACUUCAGCAGCAGGAGGCAGCAGUCUGUCAGUCAUGGUGUCGCUGGUUGGAAGCUGUUUGGUAAAGUUCCGCCCAAACAGAGUCCGUCCAAACAGGCUCGGAUCAUCCAGCAGCAGAGCGCCGAGGUCAGUCUGAGCUCUCUGUCCUCUCCGGACCUGCACCACUCAGGGGAGUUCGAGGCGCGACAGGUCGUGCCCCGCAGCUCUCCUACCCAUCAUGCCACAGGGCAGCAGAGCAAGAGGAAGGUGGAGUUUGAGCCGCUGUCGACCACAGCAUUGAUCCUGGAGGACCGACCGCCGAACCUUCCAGCCAAGUCAGCAGAGGAGACGCAGAGACACAGACUGCAGUAUGAGGAGAUGGUGGCCGGAGCCAAGAAGAGAGAGCUGAAGGAGGCGCAGAGGAGGCAGCAGCAGAUGAAGGAGAGGGUGAGACAGGAGGAGGAGAUCAGCACCGCCACGCUGGUCUGGAACCAGAACAUCCUGCCACACUGGGACAACAUGAGGUCGAGUCGGCGUGCUCGGGACCUGUGGUGGGGCGGUCUGCCCCCCAGCGUGCGAGGGCGGGUCUGGAGCCUCGUCAUCGGGAACGAGCUGAACAUCACAGCAGAGCUGUACGAGAUCUUCGUGUCCAGAGCAAAGGAGAAGUGGAGGAGCCUCAGUGAGACGGAGACAGAUGACGGUCCUGACUCAGAGUCCAGUCUGGAGUUGGUCUCUCGGGACGUCUCCAGAACGUUCCCCUCGCUCUGUGUCUUCCAGAAGGGGGGUCCUUACCACGACGUGCUGCAAAGCAUCCUGGGAGCUUACACCUGCUACAGGCCUGAUGUGGGAUAUGUGCAGGGGAUGUCUUCCAUGGCAGCCAUGUUGGUCCUGAACAUGGACGAGGUUGAAGCGUUCAUCAGUUUCUCAAACCUGAUCAACAGACCCUGUCAGCUGGCCUUCUACAGAGUCCACCACCAGCUGAUGUUCAGGUAUUUUGGGGCUUUCCAGAUGUUCUUCGAGGAAACUCGUCUCUUCCUUCACUUCCAGUCUUCAGGUGUGACCCCUGACCUCUACCUCAUGGACUGGAUCCUGUCUCUGUACACGAAGCCCCUCCCCCUAGAUGUUGCAUGCAGAGUUUGGGAUGUUUACUUCCGGGACGGCGAGGAGUUCCUGUUCAGAACCGCUCUGGGGAUCCUGAGACUCUACCAGGAUGUCCUGCUGCACAUGGACCUCAUCAGCAUCGCUCAGUUCCUGUCCCACCUCCCUGAAGAGCUGCUCUCUGAUAGGCUGUUCUCCUGCAUCGCUGCCUCACCCGUGCUGAACGGGAACAGGAAGUGGAGCCAGGUUCUGUCUUCCUGCAGAGACUCGGAGAGGAGCAGCAGCUGAUCAGCUGUUUUUAUUGAUCCGCUCUGUUUUCACUGAUCCAAUCUGUUUUUCUUGGUUUCAUUUACAAAUGUGAACUGGACUCGAGGUUUGUGAAGAAGUUUUCAGUUAUUUAUUUAUAAUUUUCCAAAACAUUAAAAGCUGAACAGAGUUUAACUGUGAACACUAAAACAAAAUGAACCAGCUGUCACCUGCACAUUGUUCCUGUUAUAAGAACCUCUUUACGUUACAAACUUUAUUACAAUUUCUGUAAGAAUGUGUAAAUUCCCAGGACACAUGCUGGAGGAUACUCACACUGUAAUGAAUGCUAAUUCAUACCCAAAGCUUGAAGUGACGAGCCGCUCAGAUAAACUUCUGUCUAUAGAAACACACAGUUUUCAAUAAAACACAAUGAUGAGUGAAUAU